UGCGCAGCAGCCAUGUCGGUGGAUCCGAUCCUGCUCGCCGACAGGACGCCGAUGCUUGUCUCGCCUUUUGAGCGCUUUGACUUUGUGCUAAGCGACGUCAAGUUUACCGUCACCAGCGGCAGCGGGUACCCCGGCGAAGGCGGCGUCUACGUCGGCAGCCGCGGGCGGCUCUUCCUCUCGUCGUACCGGCUUGUCUACGUCGAGCUCGAUGCAUCGAAUCGCCACUUUCGCAGCUUUUCGCUGCCGCUGUAUGCGAUCUACGCCAACCACCAGUUCCGCACGCCGCUGCUUGGGCGGCCCACGUACGAAGGCGUCGUGGCGCCGGUUCCAGGUGGCGGUCUCGUAGGGCACGGUCGCUUCAAGUGGACGUUCUUGAGCGUGGGCUUUGACGAGUUUCAGUCGUUUUACACUCCAGCGUUUGCCCAUUCACGGGCACUACACGCUAGCGUCAUGGCCCUCGAGAACCCGUCGAUCGUCCAAGUACCAGGCGCCGAGGCCUUUCAGCGAGCGACGCCAACCACGAAGCUGGCGUUCUGCAACCCCACGAAUCCGUUCACGCUCUUUGUGUUGCGCCAUCCGGUGCGUUCGGACAACGCAGCACAGGACACAUUGGAGCGCGUUGAAGCGUAAAC